UAAAAAUACUUCUUGGCGAAGUAUUGUGUACUAGCUAAUAUGAAUAUGCCGAUAACGGGAGGGUUUGUAUACAGGGAAAGCCAUUUUCCUGCGGUUAUCGAGUGAUCCACGAUCGAUUCCGUACGAAGGAAAUGUUUAUGGUAAAGUUUCAACGAGGGCGAAUACUCGAUGUCCUUGGGACUGUGGGUAAUAGAACCGACGGGAGUAAAUUCGAAGAGAUAAGGUGGCGAGAGCUGAUAAUUUUUUUGCCUCCAUCGAGCCCGAAGAGAAGAGAGAACUCCGACCAGGCACGAAGAAGUCCGUCUUCAAUUGUGAGAUAUGAGAAAAAAUGUUUUGUUUUAUAAAACUCAAAUAAUUAUAAUAUCUCCGGUUUCAAGGUGCCAAUAUUCAACAAAUGAUUAAAAAUAUGGGGCAAAUUUUUUAUGCCGAAUAUAAUAAGAAAUUUGAUUCAAAGUGGCGAAAUCCAAAUCGGAAAAAGUGUAACUGCAUGCCUUGUCGCUUACGGGAAAUAACGUUCUAGUCAAUUUACGGUAUAUACCUAUACCUCUAUACAUAUGUGAAAUAUAUCGGAUGAGCUAUUCAUCUAUAUUACCUAACAUACAUUUAAUCAAUGAAUCAAGUGCACAACACAACGAAUGCGAGAGUAAUCUAUUCGAGAGAGACGACGCGGUAGAGAGCAACGGGAGAUCUAUAAGGGGUGAGUAAUUAUUCGAUAGCGAGAAAUCAGGUGCGGUUCAAAUUAUGUUCAGAUUGAUAUGGUAAGAAUCGUUGAAGCGGGUGAUCGGAAUUGAUUCGCAAACGGGCAAUUGAGUAUAACACAGAAAUUCAGAAGAGUAGUGACGAGAAGGUAUCGAAAGGAAAUCGGUAAAAGAUGGCGAAACUGUUCAAACGGGACCACACGGGGGUUGAUAGAACUACAAACAUUUAUGAAAGCUAAGAAUAUCGAGAAAUCAAUAAGUUACAAAAAAGUAAAUUAGAAAUCAUAAUUGAUAGUUCAUCCUUGGCUGUACCAAAAAUAUACAAAUAUAUAUAUUGCUAUCGUUAAUAAUUGCAUGAUUAUUAUCAUAGCGUACGUACAUAAGUGUCCUGUAAAUAUAUGCAUUAUUAUAGACCAGAAUCAUGAAAUAUUAAUUGGAAUCAUGCCGCGAGUAGUAUAAUUUAUAAUUUCAUUUUUCAAACGAUCGGUGACUUUUACAAUAAUUUCCUCCCCCGGAGCACUUAUGAUGUAACACAGGUACUUCAUCAGGUGUUUUAUUUUAACGGACGCAUGAUCGAGUGACGAUUAUUUUAAUAUUUCUGCGACACGGGGAAAUAAUGAAUUUAAGUAUCGGUAGCAUUUAACAAUAUUUAGUAACCUAGGUCUGUUCAAUCGUAAUUACAGUAAUUCUAACAACAGUAACAAAAAUCGCUAAUCGGGUGAAUUUAAUGAUGUGAAACACCCUGUAAAAUAAUAAGUAUGCGUAGCGGAGUUUCUUCGCAUACGUACUUAUUGGCGAGUUUGUUUAUUAGUUUGGAACGAAUAAUAAUACUUCUUGAGUUUUUGAUGUCUGCAGCCAACUCCGAAGCAAAAGACGCAUUCGACGAAGUCGCUGAGGGUCAGCGCACGCAAGAUCACUCGUUUUUAGACGAGAACGAUUUGGAGAAACCAUGAAUUAUUUAUUUAUCUACAUAUUUGUUUACUUAUUUGUUUGUGUAUUUAUUUAUCCAUUCAUUUAUUCAUCUAUUCAUUUCCUCCAAUUUUAUCGACACGAAACUCUUACCAAGUGCCAAAUAAUUUGAACUCUCUCGUUUCAACGUUCUACCUCAUAAAUUAACGCGUCAAUUUUCUCAAUUACGAAUAAUUUUCUCGCACAUAUCGAUGCUGCUUUCGGAACAGUAAGCAAGAUUCUAUUUGAAUUGUAAUUCUUAUUCGCAAAGCUGUACAAUUAAAUUAGAUAAAUUUGAACAACUUUGAAGCAGGUACGUAUGCGAACAAAUUCGUUGAACUAUAGUUGUAUAACAAUGUUAAUUGUCGUGCAUAUAUCGAUGUCUGGCCGGUCCAGUGUGAAUACUAUGAAUAUGUGAUAAAAAAGAUGAAAAGGAAAAUGUGAACUAUAUUAUAUAAAAUAUAUGAAUACGUAUUAUCGUAUGAUGUUAAACAUACAUACCUAUAUACGAUGUAUCAAUCGGGUAUUUCACUAAAUUUUUUGUGUUCUGUACAUCAAAAAUCGGCAGUUCUUAAGACUGGUAAAAACCAUAAUUCAUACGUAAAAGAAACCUGCCGUUCCAUUGACCGUUGUCACAAUAAUUGGAUGACAAGAAAGAAAGUAAACGAAAAAAAAAAAACUAUACGAACCAAACGAACAAAUGUUCUAGCACCCAAAUUCGUGUAUAGAAUGUCAAAAUAAAACUAGGAAUAUCCGACUGAUAAGUAAAGUACAAUGAAUGAAAGAGAAACAAUCUAGUGUAAAUGAAUAUUAUAUACAAUACAUACAUAUACAUAUACAUAUAUAUUUAAGUAUACGAAAAAGUGAACUUCAAACUGAAUAUAUUCCAUAUCAAAGUCGGAUGAAUCCUCAGAGUCAAAUAAUUAUACUAUAAACUUACAUAUACGUCAUCAGUUACGAAACACACACGACUUUGAAAUUGUUAGGUAAUUUUCAUUAGACCUAUUUAUAGUAGAAGCUCUCGAGUUCGAGCUGUAUCUACCUUGAUCUUUGUGUAAAUUAUAAUAAAUAUGACAACGUUCCAUUCCAAGGAUCCAGCAGCACCGGGGAUGCCUCUCAUCGAUCCUUACGUUCUACCUGUAGAAAUUAUUGUAAACGAUCGAACGAAUUAACGAAGUUCUAACUCUUGAGGCUGCUAUUUAGUUUGAUGUAUCUUUAAAUGGCCUAAACUACAUCUGUACUGAAUAAGAAAUACCUAUAAUGUAAUUCGGUGAGAAAACAAAAAGAAGGAAAUUAAAAAAAGAAAAGAUCAAGAAAGAGAAACAAAGCACUCGGAGUACGUUUUUAUUAUAAAACAAAAUAUAAAUGAAGAAAUAAAUGAAGCUGACUUGUUCCAAAUGAUAUAGUCAAACACUGUAGAACGACGUAUUCCUUACUGCCUGUCGUCGACGUGUUGUUCAUCUCAUUAGCGUCGCUUAGUUCCCAUGGACGCGUGAGUUCGCAAGGUAAUAAAAACGCAACUGAUUUGUAUUCAACGUAUCGGUAAAAUAUGGCCAAAAAUAUGUCAAGGACCAGAGUUGCAAAUUUCAAAGGAACUUUGUUGUUGUUUUCACAGCUCAGAAUUAACGAGUCACGAACGUACGCUUCGUCAUCGGAUAUCGAUAUCUCCUGAUCGACGUAUCGCCGUAAGAGGCCGAUGAACUUUAUUAGAGGGACCAAUGGGAUGAAAUCGAUAUCGUUAUCUUUCUUAGCAUCGUCACAAAUUUCCGUUCGUUGGAAUAGUGAAAAUAAAAGCAAUUUACAACGGGUGCAGAAUCAUACGCGUGGUCCGAUGCGAACGCGAUGCGUGUAGUGAAUUCCGGUCAUUUCUCGGGAUUUCCUUCCACUGCGUACUGACCCAAAUUCGUUUCCACCUCUUCCAAACUACGAGGUUCCUCGGCGUAUAAAGAGGCAAUGUUUGCUUCUGAAGAACGCAGUCCGAGUCAGCUGAGAAGUUAAUCAACAAUUAUAAAUCCGAACGGGGGCUGAAUCACCCGAUAACCACACAAAUCAAGAUGUUCAAGGGAAUUUUGGUUCUUUUAUUUGCGCUCCUCAUAGCCGCCGUCGGAAAUGCGAUUCCGGUUCCUGCGGGCGCCAUUCUGGCUUACCCCAUUCCUCAGAGACCAACUUACGCAUCCGGAUCUCCGUAUCCGAAACCCAUACCACCCAGGUCGAAAUGAUGAUUCGGUUUUACAGACCUCACCACUCGACAUCUGCAGCGGCACAACCUACGAUUCAUCAAAAUAAGCAGCAUUCACCACCUUCGAUUCAAAUUAUGACGUCGAUAAAUUUUCAUUCGCAUCCAUUUCAGUAUUAUUCACGUUAACCGUGCUUACGUAUUGUUUCGAGUCAUUCAUUUUUAUUUAAUGCAUCAUCAUUUAUGCGUAAGCAGCAGGACGAAAGAGAAAUUUUGUAUACUGACAAAACAUUUUAUCGACUCUACUAUUUAUUUUAUAAUCAAAAUCAUAUAGCGAUCAGCGAAAAGUAUGGAAGGUUAGCUUCAACGAUCGAAAUUACUUAUUUCAUCAAGUUGUCGAAUGACAAAGUGGAAUGAGCUAAACUCGAAGAAUCUCGAGACGUACGACUAACGUACUCCGAUACCCACUGUAAUAAAACUUUUGAUUCAAUUAAAACCAAUUUAGAUUCUACAAAGGAUAAUGUAUAGAGUGUCGAGCAACUCAAGCACAAUAACCGGUGUAAAAUUGUUACAAAUGAGAUUCGUGUACAUGUAUCGCAUGUACACAAUUUUGAAUUACGCGAUAUCCUUUGAUAAUGUUUCGUAACAAUUCGUUUGGGUCGAAUAUCAGUCGAUAUUAUUCCGACGAGUUAGUAAUAAUUCAAUGACUUCGAAAAAUCAAGUUCUCCCGUUUGGUCGGAACGUGAUCGCACCGAGACAAGGAAUAUCAUCAAGUUCGCUGCGAUAAACCGACCAUAAUUAUCUCUAUUCAAAAGUCACGUUGCCCCCUGGUCAUGUGGUCCAUUGCAUACAUCAUUCCCGCCUCCAUCACCCAAUUACAAUCAAUAAAUGCGAACCACGUGAUCUUUUACCUACAGACGCGCAGGCGUCGACUUACCAUCGAACUGUGGAACGUUCCAUAUUUAACUUUAGUGCGUUCAACUUGGGCCACAGCCACAGGCACAAUUUGUUCUCGAGACGCGAUUCGCGGCGCCCGGCGAUUCUCGUUUGUUUCAAUAUUUGAAAAAGAGUCAGGAUUAAGAACAACGCAAGUGCAUUAUUCGGAACGAAAAAUAUUGCAUAUCGCACGUCGUCUUAAACUACAGCUGCUUCCGGUUAUCUAAUAAACGCACUGUUUGAAUUCCGAAGCUGAUGCAACGUGAAACAACGUGCAGCCCGACACACCGACGCGACGCCGUGCUCUCGUGACCCCUAAAGGGAAAGUCGCCAAACAUGUGCGUUGCCAAAGAGAAUAUACGCAUGAGUGGAAGUGAACGCGCGGAUCUCUGAAAGUUCGCGCACUUCUUCAUCUGUAUUUAUUGUACAUUAUGUCGAAUACUUAAGGCUUCGUAGCUUACGAUAAUAAACAGGAAAAAUUUUAUCGAUCGAUGCUUGAAAUUAUACCCUCAUUCUAUCGCACAUGACCUGCUUUCUACCUGUAGGAUUGGAACAGGUCUGAUUUUUUUGCCUCUAGUCUUCAAGCGAACAUUUUUCACGCCGAUAGUUGCGUGUAAUGAGAAGAGUUCUGUUGUUUACUUUCUUGUGAUUGCCUUAUCACUUGCGUCAUUUCUUGUACAUAAAAAUCAUAACAAAAAUCAAUUGCGUGUCAUACAUAUAAGUUCUCCGCGAAGGAAACGGAAGAAACUUUUGAAACAUUCAUUGUUUGAAAGUCGUAAAUCUUUGCGCCGAAAAAUUAGAAGAGUUACGUUAGGUGGCAAAUGAAACGACUCGUUACUCCAUGUAACGAUAAUGAUCUAUGGCACGUUGUUCGGGACAUUCCAAUGAACAGCACAGAAAGAACUAUCAUUCAUUGAAAUUGAUCAUGUCAUGGGGUCAACUCACUGACCACGUGUAAAAGAUCGGAAAAUAACACGUCAACGAACAGGAAUUCCUCGAAGUAGCCACAGCGAACAGGGGAAACCGGCGGGUUUGCUUACCGGCAACACGAUAUAGCUCAGUGAAAAUACGAUAUCGAAGUCAUUCUCACGAGAAAUUCAUACGUAGCAGAUAUCAAAUAUCGUCGUCAUGGCUUUAGAACCGUCUACGGAGUCAGAGCCGAGCCAGAUGAAGGUGGAAGGAAAGCCGGGCAUUUGCAUCGAGUAUUUUGGAUGGAUUCGUCACACGACUGUAGAACCAACUAUGUGGCUUUACAUGAUAGCCUUUAUGCUCACUUCCGUAGUCGAGCAAUCUUUCUUCGUAGAUAAAUCGUGCAGGGUUGAUCACGGACUUUCCGCAGAGAUUUGCAGCAAUUUAUCAGCGAACGCCACGCUUCUGGCACAAGUUCAAAUGACGGUAUCGAGCUUCCAUCAAUGGAACAACAUUGCCAGCCAUGCGGUGCCAAUAGUGUUGGCAUUGUUUUUCGGAAGUUGGAGUGAUCGUAGAGGUCGUAAAGCUCCAUUGGUAAUAGCGUUGAUCGGAAAGCUGAUUUACUCUGGAAUGAUCGUCGUGAACUCUUUGAUGGACACUUGGAAUCUGAACAUGGUGGUUUAUACCGCCAGCAUACCCUCCGCGAUGCUUGGCAGCGACGUCGCAAUUUUUGCGAGCUGCUUUGCUUACGUUUCCGACGUUUCAUCCAGCGCUCAAAGAACUAUGAGAGUUUCGAUUCUGGACGCUGUGUAUUUAAGCACGAUACCCACCGGCGUUGCUUUGGGCUCGUAUCUGUACAGUUCCGUCGUCAACUCCUCGUACUCUAUAAUGUUCCUCAUAAAUGCCACUCUGAUUUUACUGGCAAUCGUCUAUUCGGCUAUAAGAUUGGAAAUGAGAACAACUCCUCAGCAAAAGCCUUUGGAGAGGGGAAACAACAUCGUCGCUGACUUUUUUGACAAGGAGCAUGUGUUCGCGAGCAUAAGAACUCUCAUUAAACCGAGAGCUGACCAUAAAAGAUUGUACAUAUGGAUCCUCAUGUUGGCCAUGGUCCUCUAUGUUUUUCAGAGAGACGAACGGCAAAUGAGCUAUUUGUACACUCAAAGUGUGUUUUCCUGGGACAUAACUACCUUCAGUCAAUUCAGGACCUUUCAAUCGAGUCUGUUCGUUGUAGCUAUGAUGCUGGGUGUACCGCUGAUGAGUAAGUUCCUGGGAAUGCGAGACACGCUUAUCAUCGUCAUUGGAUCAAUUUCGCAUGCUCUUGGAAGAGUUUUUUACGCCGUAGCAACUGGUCCGGGAUUAUUCUAUGCAGGUGCUGGUAUCGCAGCUUUGGGUCCUGUGACAGCGCCCGUUCUGAGAUCCAUGACUUCGAAAGUGGUUCAUAUCAAAGAGCGAGGAAGAAUUUUUGCCAUUUUGUCCGUAUGCGACAACGCAGUGCCUCUGUUCAGCGGUGUUUUGUAUUCCCAACUUUACAACGCCACGAUUCACACUGUACCAAGUGCCAUAUAUUGGCUCACAUUUUCUACUCAGAUUGCAGUCUUUCUUCUGAUCAUGGUAAUUCACGUGACUCUUGGAAAAAGACAAUUGGAAUCGGACGGUCACGAGAAAACCGACCUCUUCUCCGACGACCCCGCGAAUUCGACUCCCAUUGCGUAGAUCCGGUGAGAUCAGGCAGACCUCAGCCUGGGAUUUGCCCUGACUACCUGUUAACUUUUAUUAAUCUAAUUGUUACUUCUAUUCAACAAAGUCACAGAUCGAAUCAGUGAUAGCUUGAAGAUGAAGGGCCUCCAAUUUUGAAGAAGGGGUCCCUAUCGUUGGCUACAGAAUAUUUUAAAUUUAAACAAGUAAUUACCUCAAUUUGAUGAGUAGGUGUGUUCUUAAUAACGAAGACAUAAACAUAUUUUGACCAGCGAUAAGUUUAACUAAAUGAAGUAUCGAAGUAGUGACUCUUGAUUUAUCGUACAAAUACGAAUUGGUAGAGUACAAAAUUACAACUUAACAGCAACGCAACGCAGAAAAAACAUUGAGCUUUUGAAACCCGAUUUCGCACGUUCAAAUUUUACACUUUCACACAUUUUUCGUUCGAUUCAUUUUAGAAUAUACCAAAUAUUCGUGAAAUGAAUGGUACUUGUUCGAUUAAACGUACCAUGCACUGAUCACGUCAAAGAAUCGAUUCAAAGAAUCAAGGGAAUAAUUUGUAUUUUAAUCACGUUAUAGUGAUCCGAACGACUUGAGGGCCUCCUAAUGAAUUCAAUAAAUAUGAUCGAUGAGAACAGA